GUCCUCCCGACCCACGCAAGAUGGCAGCCAAGCGCUCUCUGAGGUACCCGGGGCUGUUAAUGUGGAGGUUGUGGCAGGCCGGGGGAGCGCCACAAAAUCCGGGAGCCGGCCUGCGCCUGGAAGUGAGGGCUUAUUCCCCGGGCGACGGCUCAUACUCGCGCACGGCGCUCUAUGAGCUGCUCGGCGUCCCCUCCACAGCCACGCAGGCGCAAAUCAAGGCGGCCUACUACCGGCAGUGCCUCCUCUACCACCCGGACCGCAACUCGGGGAGCGCCGAGGCUGCCGAGCGCUUCUCGCGCAUCUCCCAGGCCUACGUGGUGCUGGGCAGCGCCACCCUGCGCCGCAAGUAUGACCGCGGCCUGCUCAGCGACGAGGACCUGCGCGGACCCGGCGGCCGGCCCUCCAGGACGCCGGCGGCCGACCCCGGCGCGCCCCGCGCCCCGCCGCCUGCCUCUCGGGCCCCCGGCCGUGGUCAGGCCGCGCCGGGCGCCACCCGCACCAUGUUCGACUUUGACGCCUUCUACCAGGCGCACUACGGAGAGCAGCUGGAGCGGGAGCGGCGCCAGAGGGCCCGGCGUGAGGCCCUCCGCAAGCAGCAGGAGGACCGCGCCGAGAGGGGCUUCCGCUGGGACGAGACCCGCGACACGGCUUUCGUCUUCCUGCUCCUCGCCAUCUUCAUCAUCGUGGGCUUUCGUUUUUAAUCGGAGAGAGGAGGGCGGGGGAGCAGCCCCAGCCAGCCCCACGAAGAUGGGGUUUCCCGUCUUCUCGAGCCCUUUGCCUUCCAUAGUCUGCCUCUGCUGGGGUCCGAAGGACUGCUCUCCCCUCCUCUUCCCCGCCCGCCCAGCCUAGCCGUGGACCUGCACAUCCCUCCCCCCACGGUCCAGAAAAGGUGGCUUUUCGAUGCCCGAGAAAGAGGCCCCAAGAUGGAGAGUCCCGAAAGCCCAA